UUAUUUCACAAGGCUGAUUCUCGAGAAUAUUAUUUACAAUAUUGUACUCGAGAUGCUUGCCCAUCUGAAUCUGAGACUACAGUUGAGAAGAACAUUGAUGAACUGGAAGCUGAGGAAGGUGAAACAUCUAGAGUUGAGAAUGCUGAUAGUGUUGAAAGUGAAGAUAAUAUUGUAGUUGAUGACUCCCAAUGUGACAAUGUUGGUUUUCAAAACAAGGAUGAUGAAGAUUUUGAGAAUGACACAACAAUCGGAGGUUCUGAAGAUGUCCAAGAUUUAAAUUCGACCUUGGACAAACUUACAGUGCUCACAUUGAAGCAGGCUACAGAGGAAUCUAUUUCAGACUUCACUGACCAUUUGGAUACUCCAGUGCAACUCAAAAAAGACGAGCAUAACGUGGUAGAAGUUGUUCAGCUCGAAACGGAAAAUGCUGCUUAUAUAAUUGUUGAUUCUAAUUUUAUUGACCAUUCGGAAAUUUAUCGUCUCGAGCCUCGGAAGCAAUAUCCUCAGUAUGGCCGCUUUCAGAGAUAUCACUUUCUCGAUCAUCUUCUCAGUAUAUAUGAUUCAAAGGAUGACCUAAGUAUAUAUGGUUCAGAGGAUGAAGAUGAAGAGUUAAAAGGAGAGGACGAACGAGAAGAAGAAGUAGAGGACGAAGAAAUUGGCUGCUUCCGAAAUAAAAAAAAUUAUACA